CUAGUUCAGGGUUGAGUUAUAGAGCUGCGGGUCUAGCUCCAGGGUUUCCCCAGAUGUCUUAAAAUCUUGAGAUAAAUGUAGAAAGAGGUCCCUCGCGCCCCUCCCGGCCCCCACCUCGAGCGGAAAUUUGCAGGCGGCCUUCCCUCCGCUGGCGCCGAGGCCCGCCUUCCGCUGCGGUGACUGGGUGGGAGGCGCCCGGGCUCCUCCCGGUCGUCGUCCUGCAGAAUGGACUAGUCCAGACUGGCUCCGCGGCAGGCCACCUCUGAUGGUUUCUUAACUAGUUAAGGGAUAUUAGGAGUACUUAUUAAUCAGUUUGUGAUUACAGCAAGGUAGCUAAGUAACUCGGCGUGCUCUUGAAACGGUAAAUGCGAUUCCGUUCCAGUUAACCGGGAGGUCUUGAAGUGUCCAUUCGCUCAAUCGUGUCCAACUCUGACCGCAUGGACUGCAGCACGCUAGGCUCCUCUGUCCUGCUGUCUCACUAGCCCUAAGUGGUUUUAUUCUCCUUAACGACCUCUCAAAAGCUGUCAGUGGUUAGUUUUAGGAUCUUAUUCAAGGAUGGAUGAGGGCAGAGGGUUUCCUGUCAUGAUAACUGUCCACGUUGGAGACACAUAGAAGACGCCUAAACCCUUGUUGGAGAUAACAUUAGGUUGUAUUGAGCCUAUACCCUACUCGUACUGUAGUCAGAACUAAGAAUUGGUAAGGACCCACGUGGAAGCUUGCCCUGAGGUAAAACUUUUCGGAGAAAUAAUAGAUCCUAUUGAUCUACGCCCCACUGUUAUCUGUAGUCAGCUGAUAAUUGAUCCGGAGCCACGUGGAAACUUGGCCUAAGCCUAAGGCUUCCUAGAGUGUGUCUCGCGUUAGCCACAGGGCUUAAUGGAAAUGAGAUAGGAACUCUUGGCAUAUCCAUUGGUGAGAAUAGAGAUGGAACUGCCAGUACGGACUUUUAACUUUAGUAACGGUUUACAAGGGAAGCGGGUGACAACAGGGUUUGAGAAACGUUAGACUUAGGAGAGACCAUAUGUUUUACAUACAAUACUUAGAAGCUAAAUAACUAGAUCUAAGAAACAUACAGGAUUUCAAUAGAUGAUUUAGUCACAGAUCUCUGGAAUAGUUAGUAAAAUAUUAUAAAGGGUUUGUUUAAGCAUGAUGUUUAAGCGUUUUUGGCCAAAAUGUUUUAUAUAUGCAGGAAAGGUUUGAAGCAGUUGUACUAGAAACCAAUCUUUAUUUUUUACCCCACUACUAGGUAAGGGACCUGGAAACCAAGAAGUGACUGCUCAUCCAAUCCAUAAAGCUAUGUUAACAGAUUGGAGCUGUUUGCAGACAAAGUCCCGAAGACAGCAGAAAACUUUCGUGCUCUGAGCACUGGAGAGAAAGGAUUUGGUUAUAAAGGUUCCUGCUUUCACAGAAUAAUUCCAGGAUUUAUGUGCCAGGGUGGUGACUUCACACGCCAUAAUGGUACUGGUGGCAAGUCCAUCUAUGGCGAGAAAUUUGAUGAUGAGAAUUUCAUUCUGAAGCAUACAGGUCCUGGCAUCUUGUCCAUGGCAAAUGCUGGCCCCAACACAAACGGUUCCCAGUUUUUCAUUUGCACUGCCAAGACUGAGUGGUUGGAUGGCAAGCAUGUGGUCUUUGGCAAAGUGAAAGAGGGCAUGAAUAUUGUGGAAGCCAUGGAGCGCUUUGGGUCCAGAAAUGGCAAGACCAGCAAGAAGAUCACCAUUGCUGACUGUGGACAAAUCUAAUAAAUUUGACUUAUGUUUUACUUAACCACCAGACCAUUCCUUCUGUAGCCCAGGAGAGCACCCCUUCACCCCAUCUGCUCGAAAUAUCCUAUAAUCUUUGUGCUCUCGCUACAGUUCUUUGGAUUCCAUAUUUUCCUUAUCCCCCUCCAAGUUUAGCUGGAUUGCAAAGUUAAAUUUAUGAUUAUGAAAUAAAAACUAAACAAUUAUCUG